CAUCACAGCUCAACACCAGCGUCAGCUCACCUCUUUUUUCUCUCAGUUCUGCUUGUUAGUACUUCAUAAUGUCGUACAACAACCCCACCCAGAUAUUUGCGGACGAUGUCACGGAAGAGAAGGGCGAGAAUGCGCGUCUCUCGGCCUUUGUGGGCGCUAUUGCAGUUGGAGAUCUGGUAAAGAGCACACUGGGCCCCAAGGGCAUGGACAAGAUAUUACAGUCGGCGUCAACUGGCGAGAUCAUGGUCACAAAUGACGGUGCUACUAUCCUAAAAUCGAUCGCUUUGGACAACGCUGCAGCAAAGGUGCUGGUCAACAUAUCGAAGGUGCAAGAUGAUGAGGUGGGAGACGGAACGACUUCAGUGACCGUUCUGGCGGCAGAGCUGCUCCGCGAGGCAGAGAAGCUCGUGGACCAGAAGAUACACCCGCAGACCAUCAUCGAAGGUUACAGGAUAGCGAGCCAGGCCGCACUGCAAGCUUUGGAGAAGACUGCCGUGGAUAACAGCAAGGACAAGGCGGCGUUCCGCAAAGACCUCGAAGCCAUAGCACGAACAACCUUGAGCUCUAAAGUUCUCAGCCAGGACCGGACGCAGUUUGCAAAGCUGGCGACGGACGCUGUCCUCAGAAUGCAGGGCUCCACAGAUCUCACGCACAUUCAAAUUAUCAAGAAAGCAGGUGGAAAGCUCAAGGACUCAUAUCUCGACGAAGGCUUCAUUCUAGACAAGAAGUUCGGUGUCAAUCAGCCGAAGAGGAUAGAGAACGCCAAGAUCCUCGUUGCGAACACCGCUAUGGAUACAGACAAGAUCAAGAUAUUUGGCGCAAGGGUAAAAGUCGACUCGACGGGCAAGUUGGCGGACCUGGAGAAGGCGGAGCGCGAGAAGAUGAAGGCCAAGGUCGACCGAAUCAAGGCACAUGGCAUCAACUGCUUCGUCAACAGGCAGCUAAUCUACAACUGGCCAGAACAACUGUUUGCAGAUGCUGGGAUAAGCUCAAUCGAGCAUGCGGACUUCGACGGCAUUGAGCGUCUGGCGCUGGUGACUGGCGGCGAGAUCACUUCAUCAUUCGACCACCCCGAGAAUGUCAAGCUUGGCCACUGCGAUCUCAUCGAAGAGGUCAUCAUCGGUGAGGACACGCUGAUCAAGUUCUCCGGCGUCGCCGCAGGCAAGGCCUGCACAAUCGUGCUCCGCGGCGCAACAGAGCAGCUCCUGGACGAGGCGGAGCGCUCACUCCACGAUGCCCUCGCCGUCCUAUCUCAAACAGUCAAGGAGCCAAAGACGACGCUAGGAGGUGGCUGCGCAGAGAUGGUGAUGGCAAAGGCGGUUGCCCAGGCGGCGCAAAAUGUAGCAGGCAAAAAGGCGAUUGCGGUCGAAUCCUUCGCGAAGGCUCUGGCACAGCUGCCAACCAUCCUCGCCGACAACGCCGGUUUCGACUCGAGCGACCUGGUGACAAGGCUUCGCAAGGCAAUAUACGCAGGCAUGACGAGCUCGGGGCUGGAUCUCUUAACGCCGGGUGGUGGCAUCGCAGACAUGAGGGAGCUGGGGGUCAUUGAGAGCUACAAGCUGAAGCGCGCGGUUGUCUCCUCGGCGUCCGAGGCGGCAGAGCUCCUACUUCGGGUUGACAACAUCAUCCGCAGUGCGCCCAGGCGGAGAGAUCGCAUGUAGUGUCUGAGCCGUGAUGCGAGGAGGAACGCAAGGACGUGGAUCAGCUACAUAGAGCCUUGAAUGUCUCAAGACAGCGAUGUCAAUGCUAGUAAAUGAAUACCGUGUCCAAACUGCGUGC